GGGUGGGUAGGAAGGUGGUUUCCUUAGCAAGAUGGCUGCGAGCGGUCUGAGGCAGGCUGCUGCCGCAGCCGGCACCUCAGUGAAACCCAUUUUCAGUCGGGAUAUGAACGAGGCCAAACGGAGGGUGCGCGAACUCUACCGCGCCUGGUAUCGGGAGGUGCCGAAUACUGUGCACUCAUUCCAGCUAGACAUCACUGUGAAACAGGGACGGGAUAAAGUCCGAGAGAUGUUUUUGAAGAAUGCCCACGUCACAGACCCCAGGGUGGUUGAUCUUCUGGUCAUCAAGGGAAAGAUGGAGCUGGAGGAAACAAUUAAUGUGUGGAAGCAGCGGACACACCUCAUGCGGUUCUUCCAUGAAACAGAAUCACCAAGGCCAAAGGAUUUCCUGUCCAAGUUCUAUGUUGGCCAUGACCCAUAAAGUCACUCGGUGGAAAGGUUCAUGUUGAAUUUAAUUGUUUCAGAUACAAAUAAACUCAUUAUUUGAUGGUU